CACCUUUGAGGUUCAUGGCAAACCUUGGACAUGUGACUUUCUGACAUGUGUCCCCUAUUCUAAUCAAGUCAGCCAUGCUGUGCAUGCUGACCAGACGGUCGGAGAAGGACCAGGGAAAACGCCGCCAGCUUCUGCCUGCAAUGCAAGAUGCAGUAGCGGAUGAUCUCUUGGCUAGGGUACCUUGGGUCCGCACCUUUGGCGAUGCCCAGGCCCUAGGCUGCUUAGCAAUGGCGUCUCUCGGCGUUGAUUCGAGUUGAGUCUCGGGGACUUUGAAUCAUCGCUUCCCACGCGCGAAUGCCAGAGGGAUCAGUCCAGACUAGCUCUUAUGCAUCGUCAGGCUUCACGGCUGCUUCUCACUGUGGCUACGUACGGCUUUCACUGACCGGAAGAAACGAUUCCACCGGACGACAUGAAUAAGUUCAUUCACUCGUGAAGAUGCGAAA